AUGCCUCUUUCACAACGCAGACGUCCACCGCCACUGGUGCUUCUUCCAAGGCAGACUGCCACGCCAACUGUCCCUGCCGAGGCGGAAGAUGGAGAAGAAGGGCCAGAGAGCCCAGAUUCUGUCGGUACCACACCUGGACCGGACUCGCCCGAUAGCCCUUCCACGUCGCCAGCCUUGAACGGGGAGGAAGAAAAGGAAGACGGCGAGAAGGAAGGACAGGAAGGCGACAAGGAGAAAGCACCGGCGUCCACUGCUCCGGAUGCAACAACAACAACAGCUACUCAACCUUCUCAGACCGGAUCCAGCUCUCAAAUAAGUUCACCGCCACACGUCACCAGGCCUCCUUCAGUGGUUGAUGACGGUGGAAACCCGCCUAACCUAGCUCUUCCUCUUCCGUCCGAGUCGCCUACUACACCCACGACAACAUUAACACUGCCAGCCUCUCCUACGUCUACAGCGCUUCCGGGAGUCGGAUCUGGAGGAGCUAGCGCAGACACAAGUCCACCACAGAGGACACUGCCCCAUGAUGCGCAUUCAAAAGGCCUCAGUAAAGGGGCGGAAGCGGCACUGGUGACCCUCACAGUACUAGGAACAAUAGCAGUACUCGUAGGGCUUCUGUUCUGGUUGCGUAAACGGCGCCGGGCCAAACAGGAGGACCAAAUGCGGCAAACCGAGGAUGGAGACACAUUUGGCCCGAAUCCGGGUGGUUUACAAGCCCCAGAAAUGGUGCACUCGUCGCACCUUACCCGCACGACGACGACAACAACAAACUCCCUGUUUGCAGCCGCAGAAUAUCAGCGGCCCGAAACCGUCUCCACGGACAAGGCGCGAUCGCGUAUCCCGGAUCCUCAGCCGACGCCGAAUCCAUUCGCCGAUCCUCCGCUGAACAAAGCGUACGAUAUGCUGCGUGGGAGGCCGAGAUCAACGACGUUGACGGAUCGGGGGUCGUGGAUCAAGAAUCCGUUCAAAGACCCCGUCAGUGAGCGGUUUGAUCCGUUCGGUGAGCUGCAGGAGAAGGCUAGGCAGGAGCGGAUCAAGUACAUGGAGGAAAUGCAGCGGGAGCAAGACUACCUUGGGCGAGAGGAGUCGGGGGCUGUGGACGACGAGGCGAGGAAGGGAAGUAGUGUUACGGUCGAGGGGUUGGGAGUUUUGGACCGAAGCGGGGAUAGUCGAGGGUAUCCUCGGUGA